AUGUGCACUUCUGGGAUUAGCAAUAUGGGGCAUCUGUUGUCACCUCUCCUUUUGAGCCUGGCAGCAGUUUUUUCCAAAGUGACUGAGAGUCGAGGGAUCCUGGAGAGUAUACAGAGAUUUUCUUUACUUCCAACUUACUUGCCUGUGACCUAUCAUAUCCACAAUGCGGAUGUUUCCUUCUUUCUUAAGGAAGCCAACCAGGAUAUUAUGAGAAAUUCCAGCUUGCAGUCCCGAGUGGAAUCCUUUCUGAUCUACAAAUCCAAGAGGCCACCUGUGUUAAAUGCCAGUUAUGGACCCUUUUCCAUUGAACAAGUAGUGCCCCAGGACUUAAUGUUGUCUUCAAAUCCAUUUGGAUCUACUAACAAGUUCUCCUUUAAUUGGAAACUUAAGGCCUUCAUAAUGAGUGACAAAAUUUACCUGAGCAAGCCCAAAGUCCAGGUCCUGUUCUACAUCGUGGGCAGGGACUGGGAUGACUAUAGCACCACGGAACGGCUGCCCUGCCUGCGGGUGUUUGCCUUCCGAGAGACGCGGGAAGUCAGAGGCAGCUGCAGAUUGCAAGGGGAUCUGGGGUUGUGUGUGGCAGAGCUGGAGCUCCUGCCAAGCUGGUUUAACCCUCCAACGGUUGUUGCUGGCCGUAAGAAACCAAUGGAUCAGUCUGAAGGGAGCCCAGUGGAGCUUUACUAUGCCAUACAACCAGGAGAUGAGAAAGGGGAAUGCACCAAGGAGGAUGUAAGGAAAAAUAAUGGGAUCCGACCAGGACGCAAUGACAUUGAUGAGUCGGGACCUCCCUUGCAGAGGAUUGGAAGUGUUUUCCUUUACCAGACACAUGCUGUCCCUUCCUUAAAUGAAAUGAGAUUGGAUAAUAAUAUUGCCAUCCAGUACACACCAAAGACUGUCAAGCAAGGUGACAUUUUGACUUUCCUUGUAUCUGUUGCUAAAAAUUCAACAGAAGAUCAGUUCACACUGAGGGCAAAGGUGAAGAAAGGUGUGAACGUUUUCAGUGUAAGAGCCAGCAGCCCGUACUUAUGGGACAUCAGAGAGAGCGUGGAUUAUACCGGGAAAUAUGCACCAGCUGUUAUUGUUUGCCAGAGGAAAUCUGCUGCCUCUGAAAACAGUGCGGAUGGUCCUUCUUCUGAAAUCAUGCAGAUUGAUUUUGAAAUUGAAGACCUAACUGACCUACCUGGGACCCAGCUCAUCACAUGGCAGGUAGAAUAUCCUGGAGAUACAACAUCUGAUCUAGGAAUCUCCAAGAUCUACGUAAGCCAGAAGGACCUGGUAGGAGUUCUCCCUUUGGCUAUGGAAGCAGAGAUCCUGAAUACAGCUAUUCUCACUGGGAAAACAGUGGCUGUCCCUGUCAAAGUGAUCUCUGUGGAAGAUGAUGGGACUGUGACUGAUCUUCUGGAAUCUGUGGAGUGCAGAUCAUCAGAUGAAGAUGUCAUUAAGGUUUCUGACAGAUGUGACUAUGUCUUUGUCAAUGGGAAGGAAAUGAAAGGCAAAGUGAAUGUCAUAGUUAAUUUUACUUACCAGCAUCUGAGUGCCCCUUUAGAAAUGACAGUCUGGGUUCCUCGUCUCCCGCUGCAGAUAGAGGUCUCUGACACAGAACUAAAUCAGAUCAAGGGGUGGAGAGUCCCCAUCAUCUCUAAUAAGAGACCAGCCAGGGACAGUGACGAUGAAGAAGAGGAUGAACGUAAGGGAAGAGGCUGCGCCCUUCAGUACCAACACGCUAUGGUGCGAGUCCUCACGCAAUUUGUAGCUGAAGCCUCAGACCCCGGCGGCCAGCUGAGCUAUUUACUGGGUUCUGACUGGCAGAUUGACAUCACUGACCUGGUGAGUGACUUCAUGCAGGUGGAGGAGCCAAGAAUCGCUAAGCUGCAGGACGGACAGGUUUUGAUUGGGCAGGAGCUUGGAAUGACGACAAUUCAGAUAUUGUCCCCCCUUUCAGAUGCUAUCUUGGCCGAGAAGACAGUGACAGUUCUGGAUGAGAAGGUGACAAUAACUGACCUGGGAGUGCAGCUGGUGACUGGAUUGUCACUUUCUCUGCAGCUCAGUCCAGGAAGCAACAAGGCCAUCUUUGCUACAGCAGUAGCACAAGAGCUGCUCCAGUCUCCAAAGCAGGAAGCAGCCAUCAGCUGCUGGAUCCAGUUCAGUGAUGGAUCUGUCAUGCCCCUGGAUAUUUAUGACUCCAAAGACUUCUCCUUGUCAGCUACAUCUCUGGAUGAGAAGGUGGUCUCCAUUCACCAUGACCCCAAAUUCAAGUGGCCUGUGAUUGCUGCCGAGACAGAAGGCCAGGGGACACUGGUGAAGGUGGAGAUGGUGAUCAGUGAAUCAUGCCAGAAAUCCAAAAGAAAGAGCAUCCUAGCAGUUGGAAGUGGUAGCAUUAAAGUCAAGUUUGGGCAGAGUGAUGCCAACCCUAACAUCAGUGACAGUAAACACAGGGGUGCUGGUGUCCACCUAGAAAAUCACGCCAGUGACCGGCGUCAGAAAAGCACUUUGCAGGAAAGAGCUGGACUAGAUGGCCAGUAUUACAGCUCCUCAAUGGGCCAUGAGCAAGGCAAAGGAACCACCACUCAAAGGUCUAUUCUAAGUAAAAAAGAAGACAGGGAAAGCCUCCUGGAUGAUGACAGUCAUCUGCAGAACAUCCCGAUAGACUUCACGAGCUUCCCUGCACAGGUGGAUCUGCCAAGAAGCAACGGAGACUUGGAAGAGAAUGACCUAGUCCAGACCCCUAGGGGACUCAGCGAUCUGGAGAUAGGAAUGUAUGCUCUUCUGGGAGUCUUUUGCCUGGCAAUUCUGGUCUUCCUUAUCAAUUGUGUCACUUUUGCUUUGAAGUACAGAAACAAACAAGUUCCCUUUGAAGAGCAAGAAGGUAUGAGCCACUCUCAUGACUGGGUUGGGCUGAGCAACAGGACAGAACUUCUGGAGAAUCACAUAAAUUUCUCAUCCCAACAAGACGAACGUAUCACAGCCAUUGACAGAGGAGUGGACUAUGAAGAGAGCAAAUAUCUCCUCAACACAAAUGCCGCUAAAAAUACUAAUGGACAAUCUUUUAGGUCUACUGAGUCCACAUUCACUGAGGGGAAAGAACAGAAAAGUGAACCAACUACUUCUCCUACCUCUAAGAGGAAACGGGUUAAAUUCACCACCUUUACCACCAUCUCCUCUGAUGAUGGGUGUCCAACUGUCAACUCAAUCUUGAUGAGUAGUGAGGAUGAUAUUAAAUGGGUCUGCCAGGAUAUGGACCUGGGGGAGUGCAAAGAACUUAAAAACUAUAUGGAGAGAUUACAUGAAAAUGUGUAA